UGUUAACGAAUAGUUAGUGAAAGGCACAAUCACCCCCGAACGGUUUGCCCGUUGUGCCUUUGCUUGCUUUAGUUAGCAUCCCGAGUGAUGCUCCCCACUAACACGAUCCCACCUCAGGUAGUCUCGUCUGCAAGGAUAACGGCUUGUUGAGUGGGUGUGCAAGAAUUUUGCCAUCACUCCCCUACAGUGCGCUGAAGACGCCGCUUAGAUGGCACACCUCCUUUCUGCCCGAUAUGAGAAGAUUGAUAGCUCUUCGCCUGACUUAUCAUUCCAAAGACGCCGGAGUAAUAAUCUCCUGCUUGCACAUGUGAGAGAAAUCUAUCCACGGAGAUCCAUUCUUGGAGAGUGUCUCGGGUUUCAUCCUGCACUAGUAUACUCGACAUAACGAUCUCGAUUUCCUGUAUCUUCAGCGUCCAGUGAGGGAGGAGCCGAAAGCAAUGGAUUCAUUUGACCUUAUCGUCAUCGGCACAGGCUGGUACGGCUUAGCUGCUGCCAAAACAUACAUUGAGCUGCAUCCAUCUGAGCAUGUGGCAAUUCUCGAGGCCAACUCCUCCAUGGGAGGUGUUUGGGCCGAGGAUCGUCUGUAUCCCGGACUGAAAUCCAACAACAUGUUGGGCACUUAUGAGUACCCUGACUUUCCGAUGGAUGAGGCUACCUAUGGAGUAAAGCCUGGUCAGCACAUUCCGGGGACUGUUCUGCACCGCUAUCUCAACGACUAUGCCAAGGAAUUUGGUGUCUACGAGCGCACUCGCUUCAACACGAAAGUCGACUCUGCACAAUCCACGGAGAAUGGAGGCUGGCUCCUCAAAACAUCAUCUUCCGAAAACAGAACCUUCGAGACUAAAAAGUUGAUAGUGGCCACAGGUCUAACCUCUCAGCCUUACAUUCCGCAAGUCCCUGGUAUGCCGGAUUUCAAGGGUUCCUUGUUUCAUGUCAGAGAUUUCGCAAAGAAGGCGGCAACGCUGAAGGAAGCUAAGAAUGCUGUUGUUGUUGGAGGUGCCAAGUCCGCUUGGGACGUAGCAUACGCCUAUGCCGAAGCUGGAGUCCAGGUCGACAUGGUCAUUCGCAAGUCGGGGCAUGGGCCUGUCUGGAUGGCCCCUCCCUAUGUUACUCCUCUCAAGAAGUGGCUCGAGAAACUUGUUCACACGCGAUUCCUGACGUGGCUCAGUCCAUGCAUCUGGGGUGACGAAGAUGGAUAUUCUAGCAUUCGACACUUCCUCCAUGGAACCUUUGCCGGGCGAGCUAUCGUUAGCACAUUUUGGAAAAUCUUGGGUAGCGACGUCGUUGCGCUCAACAAGUACGACUCGCACCCGGAACUGAAGAAACUGAAGCCGUGGGAUCCCGCAUUCUACGUUGGAAGCUCUUUAAGCAUUCACAACUACCCUACUAGCUUCUUCGACCUUGUCAGGGAAGGAAAAGUGAGAGUCCACAUCGAUGAGAUCACCGGCUUUGGAGCCAACUCUAUCAGCCUGGCAUCAGGCGAAACUCUCAAGGCCGACGUGGCCGUGAUGGCCACUGGGUGGAAGAAGGAGCCUUCCCUCGACUUCUUGGGAGGCACGGAGACCGAGGUUGGACUGCACCACUCACCAUCCGACUUGGAGGAUUUGACCAAAGAAGCCGAUUCCGAGAUCCUCAAGCAAUUUCCGAGCCUCAAGACCCAGCCAGAAAGGAAACGUGAACUCGAGGAUGCGAUAGCCGAGAGGAUGAACCAGCCUUUGCGAAUGUACCGGUUCAUGGUUCCCCCAGCCAUGGUUUCAAAGCGCAACCUGGCCUUUGCCGGGAUGUUGUCUUGCAUCACAACUUCUGUAGUUGCGACUGUCCAAGCAAUCUGGAUCUCCGCCCUCUUCGACGGCACAUUGGACAGACUUCCCGCCUCGGAAGAAGACAUCAAGUGGCAAACCGUCCUACACAGUCAAUUCGGUCGGUGGCGAUAUCCCAUCGGUUAUGGUCCCAGAUUCCCGGACUUUGUAUUUGAUGCUGUUCCGUAUGUCGACAUGUUGAUGCGGGAUAUGAAUCUGGACUCACAUCGUAAGGCUGGUAAAAUGGCGGAUAUGUUUGACCCGUACGGACCUGAAGAUUAUGUCGGCUUGAUCGAUGAGUGGAAAAAGGGUCAUGAGGGAAGCCGAGCACCUCAACUUUAGUAGUAGCCGUGAAGAGUCUGCCCAACUGCUUGGAGGUUCUGUAGCGACAUCGUGUCAAAUACCAUAACUCUCGGAAACCAUAUCCAGCAGGGUCUGCACCCUUACCAGGCAAUGUUCACUUCAGGCUUCACGACCUCGUGUUGGCUCUUCGCCCAUUGUUACGUCCUGUCUAGAGGCUUCACAAAGGUUCAGUAGAUACUGCUUAGGUGUUGUUGGGUCCUGUAACAAUGACU